AUGCAUUAUCAUCAACUCAUGACCCUCGACAUAGGGAAUGACAUGCUGCUAUGCAAAGUUUUUCUAGCAAGCCUCCAAGGCCAAACUCUCUCAUGGUUUCAUCAACUUCCUACAAACUUGAUUGACAAUUUUCGGGAUCUGUCCGAAGUUUUCGUGGGACAGUACCUAUGCUCAGCCAAGCACAAGCAAAACAUAAGCACCCUACAGAACAUCAAAAUGCAAGAAAAUGAAACCUUGAGAGAAUUUGUGAAGCAAUUCGGACAAACUGUCUUGCAAGUAGAAUCUUACAGCAUGGACGUCAUCCUGCAAAUUUUCAAAAGGAGCAUAUGCUUAGGGACCCCCUUCUUUGAGUCCAUCGCCAAGAAACCUCCUACAUCCAUGGACGAUCUAUUCCGAUGUGCAAACAAAUACUUCAUGCUGGAAGAUGACGUCCGAGCCGCUACACAGCAGGUUCUAGUCGUUGGCCAGGCCGCGAGAAGUGAAGCCACCAGGAGCUUCAAGACUUCAAACCAUCCUGGGUCAUCUAACAGGGGUAGGACGAACGACGUCCGCCAAUCACUCGAAUGCCUCUUACCUUGA